AUGGGCAAGUCAUCCAAGUUCUACAAGAAGCCGUCGCUCAAGGAGAAGCAGGCUGCACAGGGCAAGGUGCGAUCUUCCGCAUCGUCCUCCGCGCUGGCCUCUUCCUCAAGCGCACCGGUCUUCAAGCAAGUUGCCGUGCAAAAGGCAGCUCUCUCGGGCAAGGCGCUGGAAAAGAGACAGAUGCUCGAACAAAAGUCGCGGCAAAAGGAGGAGGCGACACGUGCUUCCAAGCCAGUCUUUCGCAAGCCAGGCACGGGUCCAUCAGCCGUCGACCAGCAAGACGAAGAGGACGAUGACGAGGAGGACGAGGACAUGGCAGACGAUGGAGAAGAGCAGAUCAAGAGGCGUCCACGCAAUCGUCAAAGAAAAGACUGGGGCCCCAUGCCCAAGCAGAUGGGCAUCGACUACCUCAGGCAGUGGGACUCUCGUCGUUCGUAG